AUGACUCGCUCAUAUGAAGCUGCCAUUUCGGCACUCAAUUCUCUCCAAACAAACUAUGCGAUUGUGGAGGAGCUUCGGAAAACCACCUCGAGAGAGGACAUGAACAAGCGCUCCCUCCCCGAGACAGUUGAAUGGCUUCGGCGCAUUGGUUAUAAGCCCUCCGAUCUCAACCGAUUGAAUGUGAUCCAUGUCGCGGGUACCAAGGGCAAAGGCUCAACCUCUGCAUUCAUUUCGACUAUUUUAUCCCAGUAUACUAAGGUGGAGCCUGGCAAUCCUCCACCUAGUCUCCACAAAGUCGGACUCUAUACCUCUCCGCAUCUUCGCUUUGCCCGCGAGCGUAUCCAGAUCGAUAAUGCCCCGCUUUCCGAGGAACAAUUUGCACGAUAUUUCUUUGAAGUCUGGGAUCGCCUCGAAAAUGCAGCCAAGCUUGCAGGCGAAGAUCCUAUAUCCCCCGGCACGAAGCCCCAGUAUUUCCGCUACCUGACUUUAAUGGCAUUCCACACUUAUAUGAGCGAGGGCGUUGACGCGGCCGUGAUUGAGUGCGGCAUUGGUGGAGAAUAUGAUGUUACGAAUAUUAUCGAAAAGCCCAAGGCGACAGCGAUUACAAGCCUAGGUAUUGACCACACUGCGAUGCUGGGAACUACCAUUGAACAGAUUGCCUGGCACAAGGGCGGGAUCAUCAAGCCUGGCGUCAAGGGCUUUACUGCCCCGCAAUUACCCAGCGCAGAGGAGGUUCUUGCCAAGCGUGCCGCGGAAAAGGGGACACAGCUAGAUGUUGUGUCUAAUCACCCCGAUCUCCGUGUGGGCCAUAGUCAAGUCCAGCUUGGGUUGGCGGGUGACUUCCAGUAUACGAAUGCAUCUGUAGCUGUGGCUGCCGCGGCGGAAUUUCUGCAGAAGGCCGGUGUCGCUGAUAUUCCUGAGAACGUUAUGUCCACCCCGCUCCCAGCUAAGUUCGUGACCGGCCUCGAGCAGACUCGCUUGGGUGGUCGGUGUGAAACACGGACCGAGAAGAAUGUUGGCUGGUACAUCGAUGGAGGACACACUCUAGAGAGCAUCCGACUGGCUGGCCAGUGGUUUGCCUCUCGAAUUCAGGCCGACUCGUCAUCGCAGGAUGCUGCCACCAAGAAGCCGCGCAUCUUGAUUUUCAACCAACAGACCCGUGAUAGCACUGCCCUGGCACGCGCUCUUCAUGAAACGCUCACUAAGGCUCUUGGAUCCACUACUCCUUUCACCCAUGCUUUUUUCUGCACGAAUAUCACAUACAAGCAAGCAGGAUACCGCCCCGACUUGGUCAGCAUGAACACCAAUGCUGAUGAUGUGGAACUACUUCGCGUACAGACUUCACUUGCCUCUGCCUGGAAUGAAAUUGACCCGCAAGCCCACACCCAAGUGUUUGGCACGAUUGAAGAGGCCGUUGACUUUGCUCGGGAUCUGGCUGCCCAGGAACGAAGGGCCUUCCAGGAUGAUGAGGCGCCCGUCAUGACGUUUGUCACUGGUAGUAUCCACCUGGUAGGCGGCUUCCUUGAUGUGAUCGAAACCAAGCCAUAUACCGAGAGUGCUUAA